AGUCCUUCGCCAUUCACAACAGCACGUGAGCUUCGACAAGCACGCAUGCUAACGGCUAUGAGGAAUCUGCUUAAUAGUGCGAAUGUUGCUACUGCUGCUCAUCUGGAAGUGGAAUAUCCUUCUACUGAAGUUAGUGGAAUUAAAACGACAUACUUAAUUGAUGCGGACUGUGAACGUUUCCUUGCGCAGUAUGCGGAAGCACGAAGGGAACGCAUGAAGCAAGAAUUCGCAUCUUCGUUUCUAAAACCGCACAGAAAUAGUGGCUAUCGAUUAUCGGGUGAAAUUUGCGUGCUAUUAACGAAAACCGAUAUAAGUCGCGGGCAUUUUGGCUUCCACAACUACUAUCGAAUGGAACUGAUCAAGCGUAAAGGAAGCGAGCUGUAUAUUUUAUUCACAAAUUGGGGUCGAAUUGGUGAUCAGACCGGGCAGUAUCAGCGCACACCUUUCAGUAAUUUGGAUGAAGCAGAUAAAGAGUUCUCAUCGAUUUUUCGGUCAAAAACCGGCAAUGAAUUUGCGAAUAUUAAUGCUUUUGAUGAAAAGCCUGCGAAAUACAGCGGCGGAUUCGAAAGAGGCAGAUGGAUUGGCGUGCCUGCCACCACACUUUCCAGUCAAAGUGUGCUCUUCAGAAUUGUCAAAGUGGAUUCGGAGAACGCGGGAAACAUUGCGGAGUUGGACAUUGAUUUCGACAAGUCCGUUGCUAUUGAUCAGGAAGCAGCAAAAACUCCACUGUACGGUGUUAUCAAAGAUAUUAGCAAUGUGCGGCGAUUGCAGGAGCGAACAAGAACGGUCUGCCAGUACCAGCGUUCACGUGUUCCGUUUGGGUGCAUCUUCCGGUCGGAUUUGCUGCAAGCGCAAAAAGUUUUAGCGAAACUUCGAGAUCUUAAAAAAGAAAUGGAGCAGUGCAGAAUGGUUUCUCGAGGCCCAGAUGCAACUCUCGCAAUCUUACGGGAGCAAUCGAAAACAACAGACGAAUUCUACAGGUGA